AUGGUCCCAACCGUUGACAGUAGAAACGCGCGCCAGGCCAUAGGUCCCGACACUGAAACUGGUUACUACCAGACACACCCUCAUGAAAUGGUAACAUUGCUGGAUGCAACAUCAGGUAUCUGGUCCCGAAAGACGAGGUUAGCGAAAGAGGCCUGGCGCGACGCAUGCGAAAUCAAAGGUGCCAAUGUCAAAUUAACACCUCCAGUGGUCAAAAUUCUCUUGCGGCGCACAUCACAUGUGCGCGGUGAACUCAAAAUAAAGAUGCGCUCACUUACGAGCUCAUUUUUUGGGUUCCAGCCAAGUCUUUCGAGGGAUGUGAUAGGGCAAAACCAAGACCUGGCAGAAUCUUUGAAAAAUGGUUCAGCAUUUGCCUUCAAGGACUGGACAUUGACAGGGCUCUAUAAAUACGAGCUACUGCAAGAUGGUAGCAUCACAGGGUUCGGUGUCGAAGCCCUCACUCUGCUGUCGGCUGCAUCCCGGAUUGGUGACAAGGCUUUUGAUGAUGCGAUUCACGAGUACCAACUUGAGGAGGAGGAGGGUGCAGAGGCUAACAGGAGUUGA